AUGAAGCUACCAUUUCUCGUCAGUCGACUUGCCCUCUUUCAACGAUCCAUUUCUCAGCACCUUGAGUCUCCAUACUUUCCGGGCUAUGGAUUUGAGUGCGCUCCACUGACAUGUACGGCUGGGGAUCAUUCCGCUGGCCACUCUCAUGGACCAGGACCCACAUCACCAGAAUGCCGCGCUGGCGACCUUCCCUUCUUGACAACUUUGGCUUACUGCAUGAAUUCGACAUGCGAUUCAGUCAAGGAGCCCACUUGGGAACGGGAAAGAUUCUGGGCAAUGAGGGUGACUGGCGACCCAGCUGGGGUCCCUAAGUGGCAUGAAGCUACGUGA